UUACCCUACUUGCCCAAGCAGCCCUACCCCAAGCAGCCCUACCCUCAGUUACCCUACUUGCCCAAGCAGCCCUGCCCCAAGCAGCCCUACCCUCAGUUACCCUACUUGCCCAAGCAGCCCUACCCCAAGCAGCCCUACCCCAAGCAGCCCUACCCCAAGCAGCCCUACCCCAAGCAGCCCUACCCCAAGCAGCCCUACCCCAAGCAGCCCUACCCUCAGUUACCCUACUUGCCUAAGCAGCCUUACCCUAAGCUACCCUAA